UAUCUCUCAGGUGUUCUUUUGUUCAGCCCUUUGCCUCCCUAGCCAUGGCGGAAGAGAGGCACUUGGAGCAGGAGCAGGAGGAGCCAGCGAGCCAGGUGCAGCUUCGCUUGCAGAUCCUAGAUGGCUCAGGAGUGGAGCGGCGCAUGGACGUGCAGUUGGAAAGCACGGCAACGUUGGCGCAGCUCAAGGACCCCAUGUACCUGGGGGUUGAUGCCUCUGGCUGGCGAGUGCACUUUGUCUUCCGCGGUCGGCGUCUAGGUGAUGCGGAGCCCUUGUCGCGGCUGCCUAGCGGUGCCUGCCUUCAGUGCUACAUGCACCAACCGCCGCCCGUGGAAAGUGAUGAUGCUGAGCCGGACUCCCUGAUGGUCGCUUGGGCCAGGCUGGCGGGCAUUGGCAACCCCUUCCCGCCCGAGAAGUGGCAAGAUGUGGCCUUCCACUCCAGCUUCAUCCUGGGUCUUGCGGCGGCUUGGUUCCUGUAUCUCUCGGAGCCGGAGUCCUUUGAUUUCUUCGGCCGCUGCUUCCUCCGGUUCUUCUCCUUCGCCUGGGUUUUGGCCUUUUGUGGAGACUUCCUGGUCACACCAGGCCUGCCACAAGUGAGGCCCUGAGCGGCACAAAGACAUGUGGGCAGGGAAAGAGGAGCGCUGGCAACCAGCGCGAGCAGCUCCUUCUGUCCUGCGCGUGUGC